AUGGCGGACAAGUUCCCUAUCGAUGUGGCGCAGAUCGUGGCACUCUUCCUUGAGAGUAUGUUCUACGGAUUGUAUCUCGUAUCGUUCGGGAUGUGUAUGUACACUAUGCUCCUCAAGAGUCGGUCCCGCCACCGACAGCGGACCGUCUUUCUGGUCGUUGCCUUGCUUUUAUUCAUUUUCGCAACUCUGGACGUUGCCCUUCUUCUUCGCCAUGUCCUCGACGCCUUCGUCUGGUAUCAUGGUCCCGGUGGUGCCAUCGGCGAAUUCUCCGAUAUAUCCUAUUGGGUCAACGCCAUGAAGACGGUCAACUACGUGGCCCAGACUAGCAUUGCCGAUGGGAUGCUGAUUUACCGCUGCUACAUCGUGUACGGUGGGAACUGGCUAGUCCCGGUUCCGCUCUGCAUCCUAUGGAUCGCAGGAAUGAUCGUCGAAGCGUUCACCUGUUACAUCGAGUUCACCCUCCACUCAGACGCCUUUCUGAACGCCGGACAACUCACGCCAUUCAUCACGUCGACCCUUUCCAUCACCCUCGUUCUCAAUCUUAUCGCCACUUCGAUGAUCGUGUACAAGAUCUGGUCGAUCGAACGCCGUUCCAGAGCCAUCUUCACCAUGAGCAGCGUGGCCAGCGGGACCGAGGGCUUGCGGCGUGCCAUGCGCAUCAUCAUCGAGUCCGGACUGAUGUACUCCGUUGGAGUCAUCGUCUUCUUCGUCGUGUAUCUCGCCAACAAUAAUGCCCAGUACGGCGUGUCCGAUUGUGUGGUCCAGAUUAUUGGCAUCUCGUUCAACCUGAUCAUCAUCCGCAUCGACCAGGGAAAGUCCGUGGAGAGCUCAUACCCCCCGAAUACCCUCCAAAUGACGAGCGCCGGCUCUCGAUCUGGGACAUUCCCCGCAUUCCGCUUCACCAGGCGUACUGGCACCCAUUCUUCAAUUACAAAUGUGGACGAGAGAGACAUUGUGGGAAGGGACCACCCUAUCGCCAUGGUGUCGUUCGCGGGUACCUCAUCUUCCCCGGACAAGUAUUGUGAGUCUGCAUCGGGCACGCUUGUGAAGGUUGACCCUGUGGCUGUUUGA